AUGACCAUUCGGAAAGCGAAACUUCAAGAGCACUUGAGAGGACGACAUGUCGCAGACUACCUGCAUGAUGAGCUACUGUAUGGUGAAGAAGCUUCUCGGCGCGAUCGGUCCGACCCUUUUUGCAGCUUCCUCAUCGCUCGUGUUUCGAUUCCGCAUGAUGCUCUUCCGGAAGAUCUCGUGACCGCCGAGGCAUGUGAGGGAGUUUCGUUUGUCUUUCGAGUCUCCAGGGCUGCCGGAGCCGAUGGCGAGGUGCUUGUCGUCGUGACUGAACGAUCCUCAUCCCUCUGGUCUGGCUUGUUUCUGGCGUUCUCAUUGGACUCGUUCAUGAAUGCUCGCGCGACUCCCGACGAGACUGCGAGUCGAGAUCUGCAGAUCGAUGACGUGGACACACAUUAUGGCAUUCCGAUCGUUUGUGAUCUGCGAAGCUGUUCCCAGGAUGCAGACAAGCUGUACAAGAAGACAAAGUUUGGUAUCAGGUUUCUUUCGGAGCCGCUUCCGGCAUCUGCAGCACAGAAGCAAAUAUUCUUUGUCGACGAAGUUCCUGGGCUCGCACAAGGAAUACGCAUGGCAAUCUCGUACGAGUCCAUAUCUGAGAGAUGUAUACAAGACGCUCUGCAGAAGUCAUCGGCAGCGUGCAGCUCGGAAAAUGACUCGGUAGAGGUGUUGGAUGAGCGGACAGAGAGCGAAGACAACCUCGACAUUUCAGCCUCUGAGUCUCCACAAGAGUACUCUCCCUCGGAGGCGGAAGACGUGGAAUCGUCCGAUUGCGACAAGACGAGCGAGCGUGAACAUCUGACGUCAAACGCAUACCAUGGGGAUCACAACAGAGAGGGCAGAAAUGAAGAGGGAGCGGGAGAGAAGGAGGUGGACAGGAUAGAAAAGGUUGGGAAUGGGCAAGAAGAAGAUAGGGGAAAAGAGGAGAAGGAGAAGGAUGGGGAGAAUGCAAGAGAUUUGGAGGCAAAGGAGGAGGAAGAGGAGGUGAAGUCUCAAAUCUGCGAGGAUGUGCCGGCAGACUUCCAGUGUGACGACCUGAUAGUGGAGACGAGCGACGAGGCGGCGAGAAGGGCCAGGGAAACAGAGCUCCUGGUGCUCAAGAAGAUUCACUCUCAGUUCAGAUGGGUAGGAGAGUGCGUGAAGGAGGAGAAGGAGAGGAAGUACUAUGAGGCGGUCAUGCUCAAGGAGGAGGAGAAGAUUGGGAUCGGGUCGACGGUGAAGUUGAUCGCUCCUAAAGGGCAUCCUUACUUUCUUGCCCGCGUCCUGGAGCUGUGGGAGAACGUUGCGGACGGCUUCAAGAUGAUGCGAUGCAACUGGUUCUACUCGUCGUUCGAGGUCCAUUGCUCUGAUCCGAGGCACCCCAAGGAAGUGUUUGCUUCGGACCACUACGACGAACAGUACCUUACUACCAUUUCCACUACCUGCAACAUAGUCCACAAGUCAGGGAUCCCUCCCGGCGAGUUGGCUCGCUUCGUGAAGGAGGAGAACAAUUUUUUCUACGAGCAGAAGUACUUCCCGACGAAGAAGCUGUUCGUUGCCGUGCCCCAGUGCAAGGAGAUCCACGUUAGGCAAGCGAAGUCGGGCGGUGCUGAUUUGAGUUUGAAAAAUACCGCGAAUCCUCAGCCGCCUCGACGGACCUUGCCAGCGCCUUACAAGGGGAUCGAACGGAACGCAGACGGCACCUAUCGAGCAAUCGCAAACAUCAAUGGCUCAAAGAUCAGCUACUCCCCUUUCAAGUCGGCCAAGCUUGCAGCGCGAGCAUAUGACCUGAUGAUGUGCAAGGAGACGACGGCAGAUGACCCUUGUCUCAACUUCGCUCAAGAUCAUAAAACGAUAAUGGAACUGCAAGAAAUCCUCGCGCUCUCUCGCCAGAAUGAGCUAGUCAUUCCCGUCAGGUCGACCGCAAAGCGCAGAAGCAGCAUCAUCAUCCUUCUCAACAACAGCGACAGUUGCAAGAUUACCAACUUCAUCAGGCAUGGGAGCAGUAGCGAGGUCAUCAUCAACAUCAGUGACAGCAUCAUCAACAGCAGCAGUCGCAAAAUCACCAAUAGCAUCAUCGUCAUCCUCAACAACAACACCAGCGGCACGACCACCAUCUUCGACGUCGUCAGCGAUCAGGAACACAACAGCAGCUGCUACCAUAUCGAGAGCUUCGGCAGCGUCAAACGCGCACAAGGCGACCCCUCUCUCGCAGACUUCCUUUGGGAGAGUCUCUAUCAGCUACCCAGCAGCAGCCGCCCGAGACCUCUCCGACCCACGAGGGGAGGAAAGGCAAGUCAUGACCCACCAACCUUGCAACGUGGCGCCUUCAAGACUUCAGCCAUCCCCUGCCACCGCGUCCGGCAUCCGAGCGGCAGGCAUGUGAAGGUUUUUGACUCUUGUCGUCUCAAGAUUCAAACAGACUGGGAGCAGGAGAAGGAGCAGGAGCAGGACUGGGAGCAGGAGAAGGAGCAGGAGCAGGACUGGGAGCAGGAGAAGGAGCAGGAGCAGGACUGGGAGAAGGAGAAGGAGCAGGCAGGGUGCUUGAGUGAUUGGGUGAUGGACUUGUGCAAAGUGAUCGAGGGACGGUCGAUCAUGAUCGGGGAUCAGGUUGUUGCCAUCGGCAAGCACGCAGUGCAGGGCAUGGAGACUGCCGAAAUCGAGAACCUCCUCUGUGGUCCGGUCGAUUCCUGCGUGCAGCUGAAGAUGAGGAGGAGGAUUGGUAUGACGACGGCUGAUUACUUCGUGACGGUGAGCUUCAUGGCGCGAGAGGACAGAGAGCUCAGCCGGCUCCUGUUGCACUCCCAUCAAGGCAUCGAGAAGCUGAUGAGUCUCAAGGAGGAGGCGAAAGUGUCGAGGGACAGCCACAAUAUCAACGGCAUCCAGAGGAUCCUCGACUUCCUCCUCCACUUCAAGACUACUUGCGCCUCCUUUGCUACUGCCCAGCAGGCCUACGAGACAGGAUGGCAGAGAGCAUUGGAGGGCGAGAACAUCGAGUUGCGGCAGAUCCGGAGUCACAAGGAGCAAAUGGACAAACUGGCUGGUGACAUCCGCUCGCGGUCCAGGUCUCUCCUAGCCGCGAUGAGGACGCUAGUCACAAUUCUUAGCAAGCCUUGA